AUGGACGAGGAGAUCGGCGCCGCCGCCGCGCCGCAGGGCCAGUGGAAAUAUCACAAAGCUCUUUCCCUACUAGCGUUUCAGAGCUUUGGUGUGGUGUAUGGAGACCUGAGUACGUCGCCUCUUUAUGUCUUCAAAAGCGCACUGUCUGGACUGGACAAGUACAGUGAUGAGGCGACCGUCUUUGGAUUGCUUUCACUGAUAUUUUGGACCUUGACACUCAUUCCGUUGCUAAAGUACGUCAUAAUUGUCUUGGCUGCUGACGAUAACGGCGAGGGCGGGACGUUUGCUUUGUAUUCACUACUCUGCAGACAUGCAAAGAUGAGCCUGCUUCCAAACCAGCAAGCGGCAGAUGAAGAGCUGUCAACAUAUUAUCAGCCUGGGGUUGAUCGGACUGCUAUGUCCUCUCCAUUCAAAAGGUUUCUAGAGAAGCACAAGAAGCUGCGGACAUGUUUGCUUCUUUUUGUUCUGUUUGGAGCAUGCAUGGUGAUAGGUGAUGGUGUCCUUACACCCACCAUCUCUGUUUUGGCAGCCUUGUCUGGAUUACAAGACCGAGGCACAGGUGGAUUAGGAAAUGGUUGGGUAGUACUCAUUGCAUGUGUUGUGCUUGUUGGCCUCUUUGCGCUACAACACCGAGGUACUCAUAGGGUGGCAUUCGUGUUUGCCCCCAUUGUUGUACUUUGGCUCUUGAGCAUUGGUAUCAUUGGUCUCUAUAAUAUCAUCCACUGGAACCCCAGAGUAUGUCUUGCUCUUUCCCCGCAUUAUAUUGUGAAGUUCUUCAAGAUAACAGGAAGAGAUGGUUGGAUUUCUCUAGGAGGAGUACUUCUUGCUGUGACAGGCACUGAAGCUAUGUUUGCCGAUCUUGGCCACUUCACUGCUGCAUCCAUCAGGCUGGCUUUUGUUGGUGUCAUAUAUCCCUGUCUUGUUCUGCAAUACAUGGGGCAGGCUGCGUUUCUUUCCAAGAACAUGUCUGAUGUACAUGACAGUUUUUACCUAUCAAUUCCACGUACUGUGUUUUGGCCCAUGUUUGUCCUGGCAUCUCUUGCUGCAAUUGUAGGCAGCCAAUCAAUUAUAUCUGCAACCUUCUCUAUUGUCAAGCAGUGCCUUUCUUUGGGAUGCUUUCCACGGGUGAAAGUUGUGCAUACAUCAAGGUGGAUCUAUGGACAGAUUUACAUACCUGAGAUAAAUUGGAUUCUGAUGGUCCUUUGUUUAGCUGUCACAGUUGGCUUCCGUGACAUAAACAUUAUAGGAAAUGCUUAUGGUCUUGCGUGCAUCACUGUGAUGUUUGUUACGACAUGGCUGAUGGCACUGGUCAUCAUAUUUGUGUGGAAAAAGAAUAUCCUGCUUGCCUUGUCGUUCCUCAUAUUCUUCGGGUUAAUUGAGGGCGCAUAUCUGUCUGCAUCAUUCAUAAAGGUUCCUCAGGGAGGAUGGACUCCGAUUGCGCUUGCUUUCGUGUUCAUGUUCAUCAUGUACGUGUGGCACUAUGGCACACGGCGAAAGUACCUGUUUGAUCUCCAAAACAAGGUCUCAAUGAAAUGGAUCCUUACACUUGGCCCGAGCCUUGGAAUCGUGCGUGUGCCUGGAAUUGGCCUCAUCUACACAGAGCUAGUGACCGGGGUGCCUGCCAUCUUCUCACAUUUCGUCACCAACCUGCCUGCAUUUCACCAGAUUUUGGUCUUUGUCUGCGUGAAGUCCGUGCCAGUGCCCUAUGUUCCAGUUGAUGAGCGGUACCUCAUCGGGCGCAUCGGCCCCAGGCAGUACCGGAUGUACCGGUGCAUUGUGAGAUACGGUUAUAAGGAUGUCCAGAAAGACGAUGAGAACUUCGAGAACCACCUGGUGAUGAGCAUCGCCAAGUUCAUCCAAAUGGAAGCCGAGGAAGCCGCCUCUUCUGGAAGCUACGAGUCAUCGAACGAGGGAAGAAUGGCAGUCAUACACACCACCGACGCAACCGGAACCGGGCUGAUCAUGAGAGACUCCAAUGAAGGCACCUCCCUUACCAGGAGCAGCAAGUCAGAGACCCUCCAGAGCCUGCAGUCCAUCUACGAGCAGGAGUCGGGCGGCCUGAGCCGCCGCAGGGUCCGUUUCCAGAUCGCCGAGGAGGAGCAGAUCAACCCGCAGGUGAGGGACGAGCUGUCGGACCUCCUGGAGGCCAAGGAGGCCGGCGUGGCGUACAUCAUCGGCCACUCCUACGUCAAGGCGAGGAAGAACUCCAACUUCCUGAAGUCGUUUGCGAUCGACUACGCCUACUCAUUCCUCCGCAAGAACUGCAGGGGCCCGUCGGUGACGCUGCAUAUACCCCACAUCAGCCUCAUCGAGGAUGGCCCAUCCUGGAGGACCACUAACUACAAAUAA